AUGAAUAACGGAGUCCACUUACGGGUCAAAGGUGUCCAGUUCAGGGGUUCCGUCCAGGCAAGACUAUACAUAGGAGGAAAGCUGGCCCGUGUACGAGUCAGUGGUGAUGUCAAUGGUCAAGAGAACGCUCCUCUGAACAUUCGCGAGCCUUUGACGCUCACAAUUUCACCGAAAAUAUGGAAUUUGUUGGAAACAAAAGCCAACCUAAUCGCUGACGCAAUUAAAUCUAUCCAGUUUCCCGAGAAACAAGAAAAGGUUAAUAAGCUCUUCAAGUACAAAGUAUGGAAUGGCCACUUCGAACAUUUCUCCAUUCCGAAAACUGGCGUCACAUUUGAGAAUAUGAACAACGGAGUCCAUUUACGAAUCAAAGGUGUCCAGUUCCACGGUUCCGUCCAGGCGAGACUAUACAUAGGAGGAAAGCUGGCCCGUGUACGAGUCAGUGGUGAUGUGAAAGUGAAGAGUUCGAAUGCUGAGCUUGANCAAAAGCUUGCUACACGUGCUGUCAACAAAAAAGUAGCCGAAAAGCUGGCUGAAGUGAUCAAUAAACAGGUGAAUCCUAGACUGCAGAGGCUCAAACAGAUGCUGAUAGGAAGAGGACUUGCUGACUAUGACAUUGAAUGGACCGUUCAAAACCAAAUCCUCCGAGUCGCUGUCAAGCCAAGGAGCUCAAUCAACGUUCCUUCUCCAAUAGUGCCAAUAAACGAAAUGCUCUGCAUCAAAGUGAGCGUCGCCCAAUCGCCGCAAAGGACAAAACGAUCAGCGUUGGGAUCAGAUCUCGAUGUGACAUGUGUCAAUCCGGUCGCAAAAUGCGAAGGGUUGGCAUGCUCCUACUGUACCGACGUCGAUAUCAAUCCAUUACCUCCAAACGUGAUUGGAGAUAAAUUCCACAACUGCAUUCCUGGCUUCUGA